UCGUACGCGCGUACAUGCUAAACAUCUAUAAAUAGAGUUAUCAUUUCCUCUUUAUUUCCAAACCAAAAAGAAAACUCCCAAGAACAAUAUAUAAGUCAUAUAUAUUAUAUAAAUAUUAUUCCCAGUUACAUAUAUAUGGCUGAAUUAGAAGAAAUAAUAACACCAAAGAUUUUGCGGCCAAGAUAUGGAAGUCUCAUAACAAUUCUUAGCAUAGAUGGAGGUGGUAUUAGAGGAAUGAUUCCAGCUGUUAUCCUUGCCAAUCUUGAAUCUCAUCUUCAGGAGCUAGAUGGUAAAGAUGCAAGACUAGCAGAUUACUUUGAUGUAAUCACUGGAGCAAGUACAGGUGGUCUUAUAGCUACAAUGUUAACGGCACCAAAUGAGAAUAGACGACCCUUAUAUGCUGCAAAAGACAUUAUUGAAUUUUACCAUCACCAUUCCCCCAAAAUCUUCCCACAAUCAACAAGUUAUUUCCGUUCGGCUGUAAAUUUAAUGAUGGAUCUGCUGUCCCCUAAAUACGAUGGGGUGUACCUUCACAAACUCUUAAAGGAAUUAUUAGGCCAAAAGAGGUUGAAUGAUACCUUGACAAACUUGGUUGUUCCAGCUUUUGACAUCAAGAAACUCGAGCCUAUUAUUUUUUCCACUUAUUCGGCACGUAGCGACAAAGGAUUGGAUGCUCAUCUUUCAGACAUUUGCAUAGGAACAUCGGCUGCUCCAACUUAUCUACCAGCCUAUUAUUUCACUAACAACGAUGAAAAUGGAAAACCUAGAGAAUUCAAUCUGGUGGAUGGUGGUCUGGCCGCAAAUAACCCUACUUUGGUAGCUAUUAGUGAAAUAACGCAAGAGAUAAUGAAGAACAACCCGGACUUCAACAAGAUUAAUGUGAGGGAUUUCAGGUUCCUGGUUCUAUCAGUAGGGACUGGGAAUAAUAAGACAGAGAAGAAGUACAAUGCCAAAUCGGUUGCUGAGUGGGGCCCACUCUCUUGGAUAUAUUUCAAUGGAACUGCUCCCAUUGUUGACUUUUUCAUGGAAGCUAGCGGUGACAUGGUUGAUUAUCAUACUGCUGUCGUUUUUCAAGCCUUUGCUGGUUCUCGAGAUCAUUUCCUUCGUAUUGAGGAUGAGACUUUGAAAGGGGAUAUGAAUUCAGUGGACAUAGCAACACCAAAGAACUUGAAAGAUCUUGAGAAUAAGGGUAAGGCCUUGCUACAGAAACCAGUCUCAUGCAAGAGCUUAGCUACUGGCCUUCGUCAACCUAUUGAAAAUGGUGGAACCAAUGACGAAUCACUCAAAUUGUUUGCAAAAAGUCUUUCAGAUGAAAAGAAACUGAGAAGAAUCAAUUAUGCGAAAGCUAUGGCAGCAGCUACUUCUACAACAUCAGCUACAGUAGUUACAGUCACAGAAACAACUACCGUUACUGCUACCUUGUCUACAACCACAACUUAAAAUAAUUCUUCGAUCGCAAGUUUAUGAAUAAUAUUAAUUCAAGCCAACGAAUAAUGUUUGUUAAUUUUUCUAUGUACGAUAUAUAUAAUUGGUAGUUGAUGAUUGUUAUUAUAUAUAUGUACUAUCCCAGUUAUAAUUAGAUAGCUCAAAUAGUACUGAACUAGUUGCUCAUAUAUAUAUUUGAAGUAUUGCUAUUGGCCAAAUCUGCAGCUAGCACUUUUUAUAAGGAAUUAAAUAUCUUAACAUUUGUUA